GGCGUCGACUCGUCGCAGCGGGCGAGGGCCUGGGCCGCUGGGGACUCCCAGCAAGGAGACGGGGCCUGACCUUUAUCCCCCUCCCGCCCCCUUGGCGCCGGGGCGGCGCCCCCUGUGCCUUUUAACCCCGUCCUGCGCUUCGGUCUGUUUAUUAUAUUUGGGGGCCAUUGGCCUGAUUCGAAAGUUUUUUUUUAAAGCCCUUCACAUUUGGGGGUCGAGGAAUAACUAAGAACUGCAGAAAAUGUGCGUCUGCGACUCUUCUGGGGCCAGAGAGGAUUGACUUCUUUGUACAUCAGUUUUCCCAUUUGCAGAAUGGGGAUAUUGAAAGCACCUGUCUUAGAAGGUUAUUAUAAAGUAAAUAAUAUAUUUCACGUCCUUGCAGGCCUACUUACUGUGUGGCCUCUACCUACUACCGAAAGGAAACUUGAAAAAGAAGAGGUGGUGAUCUAAUCUUAAUUUGCAACGAGCCGCCGAGAGAGGGAGAGAGAGAGGGCACGAGAGAUCCUGCCUGCACCCGCUGGCCCGCUCUGCUAAUCUUGCUUACCCUUGGAAGGGAGGCGUUUUGAACGCUGGCUUCUUAAAUUCAACCUUCCCUGCUGACUGAGGACCACUGGACUUUGAAGGAACUCUCUGCUCUUAAUUUCCACAUUGAUUAGUCAACAGUGGAAAAUCUGAAGAGAUGCGAGCAGGAAAAAGAAACUAAACCAGGCCUGAAGAGUGAUGCGACAGGCAUGAUGGAGGUCGAGUCCUCCUAUUCGGACUUCAUCUCCUGUGACCGGACAGGCCGCCGGAAUGCAGUCCCUGACAUCCAGGGAGACUCGGAGGCUGUGAGUGUGCGGAAGCUGGCUGGCGACAUGGGCGAGCUGGCCCUCGAGGGUGCAGAAGGACAGGUGGCGGUGGGCACCCCAGACAAAGAAGCGAGCAACCAGCCCGAGAGCAGCGAUGGGACCACUUCAUCUUGAACGUGACCUUGCCCGAGGAGGCUGGAAGAGAGAUGCGCUGUGGAUGGGAAGCCCUGGCAAUGGCCCGGCAGCCUCUCCUCUGAGCAGUGUGUUCCAGGCAAGCCUGGCCAGACUGAAAGGCAGCCCAGAGGCUCCCGUGGCCCCUCCCCUGGGAAGGCCCUCUGCCCACACCCCCAGGCUCCGCGCUCCCACCACCUCCUCACUCGCCCGGGUACACUUUCAAGACACUGUAACCACAGGAUGUUAUUUAUUCAGCGGGCGCCCGGACUCGGGGGCUGGGUCCUGCCACCUGGGUGAGCAGCCUGGGCAGGGACCAUGUCCUCACUCUGCCCCUCUUCUCCAACCCUGCCUUCUGUGUCAGGACCUUCUCACCCCCUUUUUUAAAAAGCACUUUUAAACUUUUUAGAAACUUUAAACCUUUUCUCAGCAGAGAGGGAGGGAGCUGACAAUUUACCUUUUUUGGGGGGGAAGCCAUUGUAAGCUACACUGUUUGACCAUCUAUGCAGCUCAGAGGUUCCCUCAUGGAGCUUCACAGGUCCAUUUUUAGGAAAGGGAUUUUGUGCUCAAAACUCUCUGAUUAACUUUGCCCUUUCUACCAAGAUAAGUGACACCUGGAACCCAGGAAAUAAAUGCUGAUGAUUGUGUGA